AAUAAUGUAGUGUUCAUAAGCUGUUUAAGAGUCAAUUACCAACGCUUCCAUACAAAUCACCAUGGACCUCCACGAAUUUUUAUCGCUGGAGCGCCAACAACUGCAAUACGAACGUAAACGUUUAAGUGCAGUCAAGAGCAGCAGCAACAACAACAACAAUGCCGAUGCACAUAGUGCAGAAACAUGUCCCGCUGCCUUGUUAAUGCAAACAGAAAACUUUGUACCCGCGCAGUGCCAACGCGUGUCCAGCGCACGCAGCUCCAACUCCGAGUGCAAUGAACUGACGUCUUCCCUAGCAACCGCAACCACAAGUGCCGCCAAUCAACAGCAACCAAACCCAAGCACACCGAGAAGUUACACGAUAUACGCGACAGGCGCGUCGGAGGCCGAAUGCGCGGCGAGCGUUUUGAGCGAUGAGCUGCAUUUAAAUUUGACUGGCGUGCACAGCGAGGGUGUGGAGGUGGAUGGGGAGGAGCCGCAACAAGAGGAGGCUGAGAAGCCGCUGCACAAAUCGGCCAAGGACUUUGUGAAUCAACGCGAAUUGCUUGUCGGCAGCGCCCGUAAUUACAAAUCGCCAAAUGUGUCGCCAAACAAAUUCGAAGGCGGACGACCGCUGAGCGAGAACCGCUUGCCAAUUAGACGCGGAAAGGGGGAUGAUAUGGAGCAAUGGGUUACGGACACAUUUUAUUCGUAUUUUCCCGGCUUCAACAAUGAAAAUCAGAAACGGCAAAACUAUUUGCGUGAGCGCCAGCGCGAGAACCAGCAGAACUUUUUAAGACAUCAGAUGCUAAAUGCGCCGCCUGAUAAAAACGCCAGCAAACGACCUUCCAAUAAGCCAGUAAAAGCAACACUGCAACAACAAAUAACAUCGCGUUCGGGUAACAGCAGCACAUCCACAACAACUAACACGACGCACAGCACAACGGAUAAGACUGACCUAGAAUUAAUUGUAAAUAGCAAUCCCAACUACGUACCGCCCAAAACGACAACAACCUAUCAGCAAAAUAGGAAUCGACCCGGAACCACACGUCAGAAGCUCCUACAGGAUCUCGGCCAUGUGGAGUUAUCGAAUAUUGUGACUGGCGAUGGCGUUAUGGAGCGGAAUCUACGCAGUGCGGAGCUUGAAACGGCACGCAAAAAGGAUUACCAAAGGGAUUUGAUGCAACAGAUUGAAGAAAAGCAGAGAGCUGUUGAAAUUCUAAGGGAAGACGAGCGCAGACUAGAUGAAGCUUUAACCAAACGCCUGCAAAUACAGCUGAAGAAUAUUAAGUUGGAGGAACAGCUCGAAAAAGAGCGCAUGAAAGUGGAGAAGGCACGCAUAGACGCGGAGCACAAUAGAUUUAUGCGUGAGCAGCUUUUGGCCAAACUGGAAAAAGAUGCGCAGCUGUUGAAUUCGAAACAAAGGGAAACAAAGCAGGAGCAGGCCAGCAAACAAGCACGAACAACGCAAGCUGAAAAGAACAAUACCCAUAAUGCCAGCAAUCUGAACAACAACAAUAGCCAUACGCAAAAUAGUAACAGCAACAAUAACAAUCUCAGGUCUAGUCCGAACAAAGUGUAUAAGUAUUUUAGUAACUCAGCGCAUCACGAAUACAGACGUGGUCAGCCUUUGCCACCAGCUGUAGAGCUUGAAUUCGAUAUACCAGCAAUGAAGAAGAUUGAACGCGAGUGCUUCCACUUGUGUGAGAAGAUAUGUCCACUAUGUGAUGAGCCCCUAAAGAGUUACGAAAGCUGCUGCCUGCGUUGUCAACGCAAGCUGGCGCUAAAGAUGAAGCAACGCAGGUCACCCGGUGGUAGCGGUGCUGACGAAUCCGAUGAAAAGCGAGAGGUUGCCUACGAAAUUGCUGCCGAAAACGAGCAGGACGAAGAUGAGCAACACUUUUGUCAUAGCAGCUACGCGCUGGUCUGUCUGAAAUGUGAACGCCUCUAUGCCUUGUGCACGACUUGCCUGGCCAAGAGUGAUGUGUGCCGUGCGUGCCAGCGAGAACGCAAUGUGUGCAUGAGUUGUCGCCGGACAUUGUGCUCCUUUUGUUUGGAGGAAGUCGCUUGUGGCAAAGAUACUGAACGCAUGCACAUUAACGAACUGGCUGAUGGUCCACAAGUGCAGUCGCAGCCACAAAAGGCAGAGAAGGAGAAUGCCUUUCGAGUACUGGAGGUCAAUUAUGCAGUUCCAGACUCGCCAGACGUGCAAGCAACGAGCUUCGAUCAGCUUUCUAGUGAAAACUCGCCGCCUUAUUCUAUAAACAUUGCACGUAACUCAGUGUUCCAUGCCAACUACAAACCCACACCCGUUAAGCAAGCCUCUUUCGUCGAGCACUUGCCCAUUGCUUCGGGAAGUGCCAAUACUAGUUUUGAGUUGGACAGCGCCGAUGAGCAGGCCAUGGAACGAGUGCGUCGUCAAACCGACCAGCGUUUGUCGCGCUAUCUAAAGAAUUACGGAGACUUGGCCAAUGCCAAGCAACGUAGCAAAAGCGAAUCCCACCAUCGUGGCACACAAACAACACCCGAUUCCAUCGGGCGCCGUGAUAUAGUGUUGCUUGAAUCUGAUACCCAAAAUCUAUCCAUGCCGCUCCUACGUGAAAUGCCCAAAAUGACACGUAAGGAUACCACGGUGAUGGUCUCGAAUAGUCAACGUAAAAUUGAUAAUCUCAAAAAGCGUUGGGAGGUGCCAGCGGUUCAAAAAUUCACUGUCUCCUCGACAUCUCCGAAAACUUUGACACAGGUUGGCGCCAUACGCAAGCAAUUACAAGCUGAGCGUUUCUUCGACGAUAUCGAACCGGAAGAUGAAUAUUGAGUUAAUUCAAAAUUUGAGUUAAUUCAAACAUUUUUCUAUAAUUGAAAACUAUUCUAUAUUUACUUUCGUUUUCAAACAUUUCAUACUC